GAGAGAGAAAGAUGGAGGUGAGGGUCCGGGAAAGGCUCCUGUGCCUGGCCGUGCUGUCCAGCGUCCUCUGCGUGGAUUCAGUCCUCGGGAAAUACGUCAAAGGCAUCGUGAACACCAAAGAGGACUGGGUUUUCCUCACUCGCUUCUGCUUUCUCACUGACUUUGGACGUCUGGACUUCCGGUUCCGCUAUCCAAAGUCUCGCUGCUGUCAGAACAUAUUGCUCUACUUCGAUGACAGUUCUCAGUGGCCAGCUGUGUACAAAAGGCCUGAAAAGAACUGCUACCAGAAGGAGGCAGUGCUGAGGCCCGAGAACAACCAGGUCAUCAACCUCACGACACGCUACACCUGGUCUGGCUGUGUGGUGGAGGGAGACGGGAACGAGGAGGUUCUGAGCUGCGUGGGUGGACGUAGUUUCCGCUCUGUGAGGGAGAGAUGGUGGUACAUCGCUCUCAGCAAGUGUGGGGGCGAUGGCUUGCAGCUGGAAUACGAGAUGAAACUGACCAAUGGCCAGUCUUUCUGGACGCAGCAUUUCUCUGCAGAUGAGUUCGGAAUCUUGGAGACGGACAUCACGUUCCUGGUCAUAUUCUCAAUGGUGUUCCUCCUCUCCUGCUACUUUGCCUACAAUCUGAAGGGAAGACAGCUUCUUCACACAACCUACAAAAUGUUUAUGACGGCGGCGGGUGUGGAGGUGCUCAGCCUGUUGUUCCAUUGUGUGUACUGGGGCCUGUAUGCGAGAGAUGGAGUUGGCAACGGCAGCCUGAAAAUACUCGGGAAAUUACUGUUCUCCGUCAGUUUCUUGGUGUUCCUUCUGAUGCUCAUUUUGUUGGGCAAAGGUUUCACUGUCACCAGGGCGAGGAUCAGUCACAGUGGGUCAGUGAAGCUGAGCAUCUACAUGACAGUCUACACAAUCACCUACGUCAUUCUCUUCAUCUACGAGGCUGAGUUCUUUGACCCAGGUGAAGUGCUGUAUGCUUACGACAGCCCUGCAGGUUACGGACUGAUGGGCCUGCAGCUGCUGGCCUACGUGUGGUUCUGCUAUGCCGUGCUGGUCUCUCUGAAACACUACCCAGAGAAACAGCCUUUCUACGUCCCUUUCUUCACCACAUACACACUAUGGUUUUUUGCAGUGCCUGUUAUGGCUCUGAUUGCCAACUAUGGGAUUCCUCGUUGGGCUCGGGAGAAGAUCGUCAACGGCAUUCAGCUCGGCAUCCACCUCUAUGCUCACAUCGUCUUCCUUGUUAUCACACGCCCUUCAGCAGCCAAUAAGAACUUCCCAUAUCAUGUUCGGACAUCCCAGAUUGGGAUCCUGCUGUCCAGUCCUAAAGGGGGAGAGGGGGCUGAGAGUUUCCCCCAUCAUGCUUACGGAAAUAGCUCCUUCCUGGGAGACUCUCAACCUAACUUCACUGAACUCUUCUCCAUCCAAUCAGAUCCAGUGAAAACAGUGGAGGAGACGGUGGCCUCUAAAGGACCCGAGGUGCCGAGGAACAGCGAGCAGAAGAUCAUCACCACUGCUGCUGACUUGACAUCGAUAUUGCCCCCACCCCCAAUACCCCCCCGCCCGGCCACACGCUCACCCCCGCUGCCACCCCGCCUCCCCUCCUUCACCGAAUAUUUCAGCAUGCAGAGCGGAGGUGGAGGAGGGUUCGGAACGAAGGCAUGAGAUGGAGAGAAAGACAGGACAGAGGUCAGGACAGAGGGAGAUGGGGGAAGGCAUGGAGGGAAUGGACAGAAUGACAAUACAAAGUAAAGGAAGAGCAAAAAUCAAGGUAUAGGAGUGCUGAGCUUGUUAAAGAAUAAAGAAGCAAUAAAUAUUUGAUGCUGACCAGUAAAAGGCACACAGGGAGAAAGAUGACAAAGUGGAUGUAGCCAGAGCAAUAGAAUGAUAGCUGUGCACGAUGCGGAAAUGAACAAAAUUCUUGAAAUACUUUUAUUCAAAAAUUCAUGAGGCAUUGAUGGUGUGCCUGGAAGAGUUUGUAAAUAGUUAAAACUGGAGAGAGCUACCACUAUAUAUAGUUUUAUUUCAAAAGAGGAAAUUUGUUUUCAUGUUUUUAUUUCCACAUCAUUAAAUUCCAGUUGGUGCUGUGACCAUUGAAAAAUCUCAUUCCGUUUCAUUCAUUAAAUUCAUUUAAAAAAAAAAAAAAAAGACUUUUUUAUGUUUGGCACAUUUUGAUAAAGCAUAGAUAUUUACUCUAUAU